UCCGCCCAGAGCCCCUGAUGCGGCGGCGUCCCCUGCGCCGUUCCGUCGUCGGACACGUGUCGUCGGGCAUUCUGCUGCUGGACCGUCGGCUCGACCGUCGGCGCGGACCCGGACACUGCUGCUGGCAUGCGGCCGCCGCCAUGCUGAGCUCCAGGGCUUACCUGCCGUCCGCGCCCGACUCGCCCCGCGCAGCCCGCGCAGCCCGCGCAGCCCGCGCAGCCCCGGCAUGCGGCCACACGCCGCCACCCUCGGGUCGCCGUCAGCCUCCGCCCCCCGCCGCCGCCGCGGCCGCCGACCUGACCUGACACUAUGGUCCGCGUCAGCCCCGCGCCGUGCCGCAGCCCUUGAGCUAGGACCCUGAGCGUCGCAUCGCCACUUCUGCCAAUCCGCCGCCACCACCACCACCACCACCACCACCAUGGCGAGGGCAUCGAUUUCGGGAGACAGACAGAGACUGCCAGACGAGGCGAACCCUCAGAAGAAAACGCCGAUGGUGUGCUUUAGGAGGUUGCAAGAUGGGGUGCCGGCGCGCGUCGUGCUGUACAUGCUCUCCUUCACGGGCUUCCUCGUCUCCUUCAUGAUGCGGACCGACAUCAACAUCGCCAUGGUGGCCAUGGUGCGGCAGCCGCGGCCGGAGCUCAGCAACGAGAGCGCCGUCCUCGGGGGCAGCAGCAGCACCUCGUCGCCGUCCGAGCCGCGCUACUGCUACGCGGGCGCGCGGGACGCCAACGGCAGCCUCACGGCGCCGCCCGAGGACGAGGAGGGCGAGUUCGAGUGGGACGCCCGGACGCAGUCGGCCAUCCUGGGCUCGUUCUACUGGUGCUACGUCCUGUCCCAGGUCAUGGGCGGCCUGCUCACGCAGCGCUUCGGCACCAAGGUGGUCUUCGGCCUGUCGCAGUUCGUCACGGCCGCCUGCUCGCUGCUCAUCCCCGUGGCCGCCGAGGCCCACUACGCCCUGCUCAUCGCGCUCCGCUCCGUGCAGGGCGUCGCCUCGGGUUUGACGUGGCCCGCGAUGUACGCGGCGGUGGGGCCGUGGAUUCCGGCCUCCGAGAGGAGUCGCUUCAUGUCGUCCUUCCAAGGCUUCAGUUUCGGGAUAGGGCUGACGUAUCCCUUGUGCGGCUUCAUCAUCGCCCAUUUCGGCUGGCGGGUGGUGUUCUACGUGACGGGCAGCCUGGGCAUGCUGUGGUGCGUGUUCUGGUGGCUGCUGGCCUUCGACUCGCCCGGCCAGCACCCCAGAAUCACCCCAAAGGAGCUGCGCUACAUCCAGAGCAACGUGUCAAACUCCAUCGUGGAUGGCAAGGGAGUACGCGUGCCGUGGAAGAAAAUCUUUACAUCCCUCCCGGCCUGGUCCAUCGGCAUCACCACCUUCGGAAGGAUAUGGAUUCACUAUGUAUUCAUCAUACCAGGUCCCAUGUACAUGAAGACUGUUUUAGGAUUUAGUAUUCAGGCAAACGGUGUCCUUAGUGGUGUGCCAUUCUUGUUGAGCUACCUUUCUUCGGUAGUGUUUUGCUCCGUCGCUGACCGGCUUGUGACACGGAAUGUCCUCAGCCUGACCAACACACGUAAACUGAUGACCGCCAUUUCCCAAGUCCUUCCCGGUCUACUCGUCCUCGUUAUCGGCUACCUCGGCUGCCACAUCGAGUUGGUGCUCGUCACCUGGUUCCUGGCCGUCACCCUCAUCACCGCCGCCUACGCCGGGGCUAUGGCCAGCGUCGUGGACAUCGCGCCGAACUUUGCAGGACCCAUUCUGGCAUUUGCUCAGACAAUACAUAUGACUGCGAGCUUUAUAUCUCCUUUGGUUGCUGGCUUCAUCACACAAGAAAGCCAAAGCCUGGAGCAGUGGAGGAAGGUUUUUGGUGUGUCAGCAGUUGUAGCCUUAGUUACAUAUUUGUUUUUCCAAAUAUUUGGCACUGCAGACAUCCAGGAUUGGAACUAUCCUGAAAGUAAUCUGCCAAGUGAAUCGGAGUCUCCGAACGAGCCUUUGAAGAGAAAAACAUCUAAUAUGAAUCGUGAUGAAAGUGAUACCUUUACUGACGCGUGAUAUCUUGGUUUACUAUGUGUUUCAAAUAUGUUGUCCUCUCGUUGAUUUGAUAGUAUUAGUGGUAGUACGGUUCGAUAAACUACUAUUCCUUAUACAUGUCAGGUAACUGAUUCAUGCCGCGCACUUUCGUAGUUAUACUGUACAGCAUGUAGGGGUGGGUUGCCUACGCGCACGGGGUCAUAAGGAGCCUUGGGCAGCAAGCUGAGACAAACCCGCCAGCACCUGUGCAUGCGGCACAGUAUAACUACGAUAGUGCGCGGCGUGAAUCAGCCACCUGGUACAUAGAUAAGUAUUUUGCAUUUAUUUUUGUUACUAAACAUAUCUAGAUUUCAAUACUGUUUGCAAAGUCUCUAGACAUAUAGAAAUCUAAACAUCUAUAAUGAAAAACAACUAUAGUUUACCUUGAACAAUCUUGUUAAAUUUGAAGAUGGAUUUUAAUGUUGUUGAAUGAUGUGAGGUAUAAUAGAAGCGAGGACAGGGUCAGGUCUUUAAUUUUCCAUUGUAAAUAAAUAAACUAUAUUCGUCUUACUUAUCGUCCAGAGAGCAAAGCUACAAAAACAGAGGCUUUCUGUGCCAAAAUAUAUCUUUAUAUGUUUAUUCAGCAGAUGAUAAAUUAUAUUGUUUAAAAUGAACAUUUCAUUUAAAUUCAUUUAUACUUUAAGAUUAUAUACUAUUGUAUUUCUUUCUUUAAUCUCUCUUAUUAUCAGUCAAAGUGAUAAUCAACGAAACUACGACAAAGUAACACAGAAUGGUCACAAAAGUUACAUCAAUGUAUGACAUAAUAUUGACGUCAAAAUGACGAAUUUUUGGCGGAAAUAGUGAUUUCUCUCGGUGACGUUUCCGUCCAAUAAAUACGUCACUUUUCGUCACCAUUCUGUGUUCAUUUGGUACGUUUAUUAUAUUUAUAUACCGAGGAAAUUUAAGGAUUUGUAAAAAGUAGGGGCACAGAUGCAGUCAGUGUGUGAGGUGUGAGAAAUGUAUAACAAAUUGCUCAUUUUUUGAUAGUGUGCGUUUUCCAUGACUGCGCCUGAAAGCAGCCCAGACAGAAAUGAAAAUAGCAUCCAAGUCGAUCUGACGUCGAUUUGACAUCGAUUUAAGAGACACAAUCACGUUUUACGAGCAACAUCGACGUCGAUUCAACGUCGGACGACUUACAUUUCUGUCUGGGCAAGGGCACGAAUGAAUAAUAGCAUGAUUUAGUGCAACUGUCUUCUGUAGAGGAAUAUUCUUCAAGUCAAAACUAAUCCCAUGUAACUUGUUAUCGUUCAUUAUGGUCGGAGAACACACAAAAAUAUACUCCAAAUAAACAGGCGACUGUAAUACUGUAAAA